AUGAAGCUGGCUGAUUUUGUCACGUACGUGUUCGGCAGCUUACUCGCAGGAUUGGUUACAUUGAAAGUAUUGUCAUCCUUCAUACCAAGUUUGCUAGUAACUCUACCAGCGAAAGUAAGGUUACGUGUUAAUAACUCACUUCUAAAAUGCUCAAACAAUUUGAACAGGAUUCCUGUGCUGGAUUUUGGUUGGAAGAACUCCUCUGUUAGAAGAGCCUUUAUUUUAGCUUCUGAAAGGCCAUCGGAUUAUACAAACAAAAUAUAUGGCGAUAGGGUUCAUAUAGCAUACAAUGAUAGAAUAAAGAGAGAGUCAUUCGUUAAUAAGUUGGGUUUUGAUUCAAAGCGUAAACUCUUAGGGUUUUUCCAUCCUUACUGUAACGCUGGUGGUGGUGGAGAGAAAGUCUUGUGGAAAGCCGUUGAGACAUCGCUAAAUCAGGAUAAAAACAAUAUAUGCGUUAUCUAUACCGGAGACACAGAUGUUAAUGGAUCAGAUAUAUUGAACAGUGUGCGGAGAAGGUUUGAAUACGAUCUAGAUUCGGACAGAAUAGUAUUCAUUUUCCUACAGAAGAGAAGACUGGUAGAAUCAAAAAGUUGGCCGAAAUUUACGCUAUUAGGCCAAGCUUAUGGUUCCAUCAUUUUGUCCAUUGAAGCGCUUACUACACUUGCUCCAGAUUAUUGGAUAGAUACAAUGGGAUAUCCUUUUGCUUAUCCCUUUGUAUCUUUGUUUGCUAGGAUUCCAAUUGUAACGUAUACCCAUUAUCCUGUCAUCUCAACAGAUAUGCUACAAAAGCUAAAAACUAUGCCAGGAUUUCACACAAACUUUAAACUGAUCGGUAAAUAUGUCUACUGGAAAAUAUUCAUGCUCGCAUACAAAUUUUCAGGCUUAUUUGUUGAAAUUGCAUCGACUAAUUCAACUUGGACUUAUAAUCAUAUUAAAUCCAUCUGGUCCUCAACAAAAAAUAUUCACAUUAUUUAUCCACCAUGUUCCACAGAAUCAUUGAUAGAAGGCUGUGACAAAUCAGAUCCAGUUAAAAGACUAAAUCAAGCGGUUGUUAUUGCGCAGUUUAGACCAGAAAAAAGACACGAAUUGAUAUUAUCUUCCUUCUCUUCUUUCAUCGAUGCUACGACUAAGAAAGAUUUGAUUCCUAAAAUAAUAUUUAUAGGAUCAACAAGAAACGUAGAGGAUAGGGAAUAUGUUGAAACGCUGAAGAAGUAUGCCUUUGAGGCACUUAAAAUUCCAACCCAUUUAGUGGAUUUCAAAACUGAUUGUAAAUAUGAUGAUAUGAAGAGUAUAUUAUAUUCUUCAUGGUUUGGUAUAAACGCAAUGUGGAAUGAGCAUUUUGGUAUAGCUGUCGUGGAAUAUAUGGCAAGUGGUUUGAUCCCAUUAUGUCAUGCUUCUGCUGGACCUCUUUAUGAUAUUGUAGUGCCAUGGGAUUCAAAGAAGAAUGAACAAAGUACUGACAAAGCUAAUGAAACCGGCUUUUUCUUCAUCGAUGAAACUGAUCCGGAUUUUCUAGCCAAAGAUUCUUCAAAGUAUAGUUCUUUACGCACGUUAUUUGCUCAGGUAUCGAAAUUGAAUACUGUACAAAGAAUUGAUAUCUCAAAUAGAGCCAAGAUGUGCUCUUUAUCAAAAUUUUCUGAUUCAGAGUUUGAACGUUCAUGGAACGAGGUGUUGGAGGAACUCAAUUUGACUCAUAAUAGAAUGUUCAGUUGA